AUGACUGCUCCAAUUAAAGGUCGAGCUAGGUAUCGAAAUAAGAAAGAUGACUUAAGUACUAACAUUCUUAGAGUUUUUGAUCCAAAAAUAAAUUCUUCUUAUGUCUUACCUAGUUGGGAGGGAUCUGUUUCAGAUUCUCAAAUUCUUGGUGAUGCUCUUCAUAGACGUCAUGACAUUUUUGAAGCACCUGGCUAUGACAACAAAAUAAUAGAGAAUUGGGAUGAUAUUGUCAUAUUAUGCGGGAGUGACAGAGCCACUAGAGAUGGUGCAAAAAACUUUGAAGAUACUGCUGAAGCAAUGAAUCAAGAAGGGAACGAAGUGCAGUCUAAUAUUAAAUUGGAAGAGUAA